AUGUAUGAUGCGGGGCUUCCUUUUAAUUGUGUCAAUCACAAAUUGUUUGAUAAAUUUAUUGAGACAGUAGGACAACAUGGCCCCGGAAUGAAGCCUCCUACAUUCCAUGAAGUUAGAGUUACUCACCUAAAACAAGAGGUGGAGAAAGUGGAAAAAAUUGUUGAUGAGCAUAAACUGCAAUGGACAAAGUUUGGAUGUUCCAUUAUGAUGGACAAAUGGACGGCUCGAAAUGGUAAACUGAUCAUCAAUAUUUUGGUGAAUUCUCCAAUCGGUAGUGUAUUUCUUGGUUCUAUUGAUGCUAGCAAUGAAUCUACCGAUUCCACCAAAAUGUACAAGUUGUUUGAAAGCACUAUUGAAAGAAUUGGACCGGGAAAUGUUGUACAAAUUGUCACCGAUAAUGCUAGCGAGAAUGUUAAAGCGGGAAGCAUGAUGAUGGGUGCGUACCCAUACAUUUAUUGGACUCCAUGUGCUGCUCAUUGCAUCAACUUGAUGUUUGGUGAUAUAUUCAAGGUUAAGCCAUAUGCUUCCAUUUUUAAGAAGGUCAUCAGAAUCCAUUCUUACAUUAGUCAAAGGCCAUUGUUGUUAAACUUGAUGAGAAAAUUCACCAAGGAAAGAAAUUUGGUGAAACCAGCCAAGACAAGAUUUGCAACGGCCUUCUUGACUUUGAGAGCUAUGUACAUACAAAGAAAAAACUUGAGAACUUUAGUCCUCUCAACCGAAUGGACUUCAAGUAAAUUUGCAAAGAAAACUUUAGGGAAAGAAGUUGACAAUCUUAUUAUUUCUGCCCACUUUUGGGAUGAUGUUGUUCGAGCACUUACAGUUUGUGGCCCUUUGACAAAAGUGCUUCGUUUGGUGGAUGGGGAGAAAAAACCACCAAUGGGCUAUAUUUAUGAAGCAAUGGAUAGAGCCAAAGAAACUAUUGCACGGGGUUUUCGUGGAGUUAAGAAGCAAUAUGAGAAAGUGCUUGAAAUUAUUGAUGCAAGGUGGUCAGACCAACUCCAUCGGCCUUUGCAUGUUGCAGCAAUACAAGAUUUACUAGUCGCUGAGCUUCCUAGGUACAAAAUGGCGGAUAGACUAUUUGGUUGUGGUCCGGCUAAAAGAGCUAGAGACACAAGGUCACCGGUUAUUCAGUGGUCACUAUUUGGUAGUGAAACACCAAACUUGCAAAAGUUUGCCAUGAAAUUAUUAAGCCUAACUUGUAGCUCAUCUGGAUGUGAGCGAAAUUGGAGUGCCAACACAACAUUGAAACGUCGUUAUGAUGCUCAUGAUCUCAUUGAUCCAAUUCGCUUGGAUAACAUUGAUGAUUCAAAUGAAUGGUUAGUUGGAUGCCCCGAAGAUCAAGAAGAUGAACUAGUAUAUGAGGAUGAUGAUCUUACUUGGGGUAGUGUUGCUACGACAAUUGGAGCUGAUGAGAGUAUCUAUCAUCUUAGGGGACUUUCUUCAAGAUCAAGAGCACUUGACAAGGGCAAAGGAGUAGAAACUACAUCUACAAGUUCAACUUCAAGUAGGACUCGAACACUAAUUGAUGAAGACUACGAGGAGGAAGAUGAGGAGAAAUAUAAUGAUGUAGAGGAUGUUGAUCUUCAAGAGUUGGAUAGUUUUGAAGAAGAAUAG